UUUGGGUCUUGGCUCCGUGUCGGGAACGUGGUGGCUCCGGUUCGGUGUCAACAGAGUUGGAGAGGUUGGGGUUGGGUCGUGUUGUCCUGUGACACAGUGGUGGCUCUGGACUCUGAUUGAUGGCCCCACAGCUCGGCAGCCUCGAGCGUCGGCCCGUGCUGGGCUCCUGGCCAGGAAUGGAUGGGGACGGGGAUGCAGUUAUGUGCUAGUACAGGAGAGGAGUCUCAGUGGGGUUGGUGGGCUGGGCAGCCUCGCCAAGUCCUCCAGAAGAGGAAGGGCUGCAAAAGGGGAACGCAGGAGCAGACGGAGCCCUUCCCGCAGCAAUGCUGGGUGUCAGGCCACAUCCACGGGUUGGGACUGGGGUGAUGUGAAGGAAGGGAAGUCACGGCUGUUGUUUGGGGUGACAGAGGCCGGGAGGAGCUGGGCUGAGGCUGCCCGAAGGGCUGGGAAAGGCUCUGGGUGUGCAGCGAGGACUGGUCUCAGUAAGGGCUGCUGUUUUUCUCCUGUAACCGAAGUUUGGGUAUGGUUGGAAGUAACAUGCUGAGGAAGAGUCUCAGGGUUCAGCAGUGCACGGAGCCCCGGGAGGGCGGUGGGGGCUCAGGCAGCGCUGUGGGCAGUGAUGCAAAGCGAGCAGCAGCACCGUGUAGCAAUUUCCCGUCCGUAGGCUUUGUUCUCAGAACGGAGCGCGGCUCUUGUCACACGGUGCUGAAAUGGGAGGUUUGAGAUCCCCAGGGAGGUGAGUGAUGCUCAGCUCUGGUCUCGCUGCAGGGGAUGCCCGCUUGAUCCGCAGCCAUGUCCCGGUACCUGAAGCACUUCACGGUGGUGGGGGAUGAUCCCGUCCAGUGGAGCAACGAUUACCAGAAAUGGGAGGAAGAGGAGGAGGACAAUGGGGAGAAGGACUCGGAGAUCAAAUUGGAGCCGUCCCGUGGUCGCGUCACCUUCCAAGAUGUGAUGAAGAAGCUCUUCAGUUCACGCAGGUUUCAGAUUGUCGUUGUCUUCUUGGUCAUCGUGGAUGCCUUGCUGGUCCUUGGGGAACUGCUGAUGGACUUGAAGAUCAUCCAUCCGGACAAGUAUCACAUAGCCCCAAAGGUUUUCCACUACCUUUCCCUGUCUAUUCUCACCAUCUUCCUGGUUGAGGUGGGGUUUAAAAUCUUUGUUUACGGCCGGGAGUUCUUCCACCACAAGUUCGAAGUGCUGGACAGCAUCGUUGUGGUCGUGUCCUUCAUCCUUGACCUCGUCCUCCUCUUUCGGGAGCACGAGUUUGAAGCCGUGGGGCUCCUGAUUCUGCUGCGGCUGUGGCGUGUGGCCAGGAUCAUCAAUGGAAUAAUUCUAUCGGUGAAGACCCGCUCUGAACAACAAGUGUCCAAGCUAAAGCAGGUGAACCUGAAACUCGCAACAAAGGUUGAACAACUUCAACACAGCUGUGUGGAGAAGGAGCAAGAAAUCGAGAGGCUUACCAGGAUGUUAAAGCAGCACGGGCUCAUCAGUGAGCAAACGUAGGAGGCCAGUGUUCCAAGUUGGGGAAGUCUGCUGUGGCGAGUGCAGUGCUGGAACGUAUCAGAUUGACCCAGAAGGUUUUCCUCUCCGCCUGCUUUCUCUGGUAUAGUGUCGUCUAUAAACGUUUUCUAUUUGACCACAUUUUGAUUAGAUCUUGGGAUUGCAAAAAUAGCUUUACUGGAAAACUAAACACGUGUGCUCCCUGUAAAUGGUGACUCCGUAAGACCCUUGUACAGCUGUACAGACAAAAGUGCAAAAUAAUUUAAUAAAGACACCACUUAACAUGCUGUACAUUCA